AUGAGGUUGCUUCUCCGACUUGACGCCCUGUAUAAGCCCUGGAGAGCAUCGCCCGCAGGACGCCUAGUCUUCCCGCUCCCCAUCACCACCUACUUCCAGUCCAGAUAUUCGAAGAGCAAGUUGUCGGAUAUGUCUCGCAACGAAGAAAAGGGUCACCGGUAUAAAUUAUGGAAAAAAUUGCAGGUUGACCCGGCCCCGUCGACGAGGGCGAAGAUGUUUGAUAAAGCCAGCGAGUAUAAGUUCCUCUAUACUUCCGAAGAAAAAGGCUCGAAUGUUGCCCCGACUGUGGCAGUCAUCCCUCUCAAGAAGGUGUACGCGAUGGAGAAGAUGCGGCGUAACAAUAGCAAGAAAUUUCUUCUCCUCUUCGCUGAGAUGAUAGAUAUGAUGGCGGAGUUGUUGCCGCUCGAGGACAUUCAUGAUCUGGACUUCGAUUUGGGCGAGGGUUUGCCCAUCCUGAGGGGAAGAAUGCAGUCCCUGAUCGACACAAUCGGCCAAGACAUCGAGAAUUGCUAUAAUUUAUGCGACAGGUACACCAGCGAAACAAUCGUGCGCAAGGUUUUCAAGGCCUCUGACUGGGACGAUGCGCUCACUGCAUGCGCUCAGCUAUUUGUGCGCCACAGGCGCGACAUCAUGCAGGCAUUGGCUGCGCAUGCCGCCCAUGGGGUCGACGAAUUACAGAAGGGACAACAAGACUUACAACGCAGGCAUGCCAUACAUUACGUUGAUACCAUGAGGGACAUCUUGCUGAAGUGUUUCGAGAAAUUGCGUACAAAAAGCGAGCGGGACUUGACCCAACUUGUGGUUAGGUUUGGAGGCUCUGCCAAGAUUCUCACGAAUGAUAAAGCUCUGGAGGAGGUCUAUCUUAAGUCGCAGCGCCAAAAUAAAGCAACGGAGCAGAAGGACCUUUCUAGUCGUGUUCAAGCAAAAGGAAAGCUGGACUUUCAGGAGCUGAAAAAGGAGCUGUCCCGAAGCGUUGAGGAUAGUAUAAAGGAGAACCAAGAACGUUUUAGGUCGAAAAUGCGGCUCAUGGAUCAAAACAUCACCGAUACCGUGGCCCAAACAGGGGACCGAAUUAUAAAAACACUCACCGAAGACACUUGGGAUCUGAUCAAGGAUCCGGAUCAACGUGCAAGCAUAAGAUCUGCGCAUUUUUUUCUCGCUUUGCGCGAUUAUUAUCAAAUCAAUUCAUCAACUCUCGAGCGGACUGCCUCCGGCCUCGAAAGCAUCCCUGAGACGUCAGAGCGCACUUCCAUGGACCCAAAUCCUGCGGCAGCCGUUCCACGAAAGCCUGUCCGCUUUCUCACCCUGCCCACGCAAAAUCCGACCGCUUAG